UAUGGCUCUUGGAAACCUUUGAUGGCUGGCAAAGGCAGUGCGGAGCCAUGGGACACCGGAGAAGGCACUGUGCUGUUCGAGCGCACUUCUACGCCUAGGCGGUACCUCGAGGGUCUCGGAUUAUCCCCGCCAGAGCUGGGCAUAGCAGAGUCCCGGGUCAGCGAAAGCCGCAGCGUGAGCAUUCUUCCUGCUUGAGUCUCAAUUGAAAACUCCUUCGAAGCGGUGCCGCUGCGGAAGCACCAAGAGCGGAUGUGAACGGGAUGAUUGAUCGAGUGUUGGUCCCCGAGCCGAGCGCCGUUGACAAUCCUACCGUCUCGCGGAGAAACUAGGACACCAAGCAGCCCCAUACUCUCACCAAAGUCGCAGCUGCAACGCCCGACCUUGAUAGCGACAUAGUCCCCAGUGCUGUUUAAUACUCCUAUGGUAGAUGACUCCGACAAAGUGCGCGUCAG